AUGGAUCCAGAUCACGCCGCUAAAUUCGCUAUACACGAGGCUUCUCGUGAAGGAAAGACCACCGUUGUUGAGUCACUUCUCAAUGCAAAUCCUAAGCUUGCUUCCUUAAAAGACGACGAUGAACGACUCCCGAUACACUGGGCCGUGGCCUAUAACCGCUUACCCAUCGUAGAGCUCCUUGUAGCUCAGAAGAACUUUGACCCUGAUGUGACGGAUGGUUCGGGAUGGACACCUCUUAUGAUCGCAGCUAGUCUGAAAGAUGCCGAAGGCGACCCGAUCAUUGAGUUGCUACUGCGCAAAGAAGCAGAUGUGAAUAUGAAAAGUAUCAAUGGACAGAACGCUCUUCACCUCGCUACAUCGAAAUCAAAUCUUAGUACUGUGAAGACGCUCAUAGCCCACAAAUGCAGCGCAAGGGUAAAGGACAAGCGCGGGCAGCUACCACUACACAGAGCUGCCGCUGUUGGAUCAAUUCCCAUACUCAAGAUACUCCUGGAGGAGGGUAAGAGCCCGGUAAAUGCAACGGAUGUGGACGGUUUGACAGCUCUACACCAUUCAAUCGCAGAAGGACAUGGUGAUGCGGCAAUCCUACUGCUUAAGGCCGGCGCAGAGCCCGAUAAGAGAGACUCAAGUGGUGCUUUAGCCAUUGACCUGGCCCCUGACACGAAGGUACGCAAGUAUAUUUUGCAGACUGCCGAGAGGGAAGGUAUAGACCUUCCAUAG